CGAAGGCAUCGAAACAACAUCAGAAAUUUAAUUUUAUCCCGAAACCCUAAACCUUUUCUGUACAAUGAAACGCUCCGGCGAUGGCCUCGCCGCCGUCUCUUCAUCCUUGCCGCCGAAGAAACCCGUCUUCUUAACCAAAGCCGAGCGCGAGAAGCUAGCCCUACAACGCCGCCAAGAAGAACACGAGGAACAGAAACGCCGCCAGCACCAGCUCCUCUCCAAUCUCCGCUCCUCCGAUUCCGUCCCCAACAACUCCAAUUCCGACCGGGACCGCGAUAGGGACCGAGACAGAGACAGAGACAGAGACCGGGACCGGGACCGGGACCGGUACUCCCGAAGCGAUCGAGAUCGCGACCGGGAGAGAGACCGGGAGCGCGAAACGGAGCGGCGCAACCGUGACCGUGACAACCGCGAGAGGGAGCGCGAAGAGGAGGCCAAAGCGAGAGAGCGGGCCCGAUUGGACAAGCUAGCUGACCGGGAGCGUGAUAAGGAGCUUGAGGCCAUUAAAGAGCAGUACCUUGGCUCGAAGAAGCCGAAGAAGCGCGUGAUUAAGCCUAGCGAGAAGUUCCGAUUCUCUUUCGAUUGGGAGAACACAGAGGACACUUCGCGUGAUAUGAAUGCUUUGUAUCAGAAUCCUCAUGAGGCUCAGCUCCUGUUCGGGCGAGGGUUUCGUGCUGGAAUGGACCGCAGGGAGCAGAAGAAGCUUGCGGUGAAGCAGGAGAGGGAGCUGAGGGAUGAGAUUAGGAAGAAGGAUGGCGUAGAGGAGAGGCCGGAGGAGGCUGCGGCUCAGAGGCUGAAGGAGGAGGCUGCGGAGCUGUAUGAUACUUUCGAUAUGAGAGUGGAUCGGCAUUGGACUGAUAAGAAGCUGGAGGAGAUGACUGAGAGGGACUGGAGGAUAUUCCGAGAGGAUUUCAAUAUUUCCUACAAAGGGUCUAGGAUUCCUCGCCCUAUGAGGAGUUGGGGUGAGAGUAGACUGAGUACGGAGCUGCUCAAGGCUGUGGAGAGGGCUGGUUAUAAGAAACCUUCUCCGAUCCAGAUGGCGGCUAUUCCUCUGGGUCUGCAGCAGCGUGAUGUUAUUGGCAUUGCGGAGACUGGUUCUGGUAAGACUGCUGCGUUUGUUCUUCCGAUGUUGACAUAUAUUUCUAGGUUGCCUCCUAUUAGCGAAGAGAAUGAGGCUGAAGGGCCUUAUGCUGUUGUUAUGGCACCUACUCGUGAGCUUGCACAGCAGAUUGAGGAAGAGACUGUGAAGUUUGCGCAUUACUUGGGUAUUAAAGUUGUUUCUAUUGUUGGUGGACAGUCAAUUGAGGAACAGGGUUUUAAAAUUAGGCAAGGGUGUGAGGUUGUUAUUGCUACACCUGGGCGGUUGAUUGAUUGUUUGGAGAGGCGUUAUGCUGUUUUGAAUCAGUGCAAUUAUGUUGUUCUUGAUGAGGCUGAUAGGAUGAUUGAUAUGGGGUUUGAGCCACAGGUUGUGGGUGUUUUGGAUGCAAUGCCUUCCAGCAAUUUCAAACCUGAGAAUGAGGAUGAAGAGCUUGAUGACAAGAAGAUUUACAGAACCACUUAUAUGUUUAGUGCCACCAUGCCUCCUGCGGUGGAACGCCUUGCUCGGAAGUAUUUGAGGAAUCCUGUUGUGGUCACAAUUGGCACAGCUGGAAAGACUACUGAUUUGAUCACUCAGAAUGUGGUCUGGAGUAAGGAUGCAGAGAAGUUUGAGAGGCUAAAGAGAUUGCUUGAUGAACUUGGUGAUAAGACUGCUAUUGUGUUUGUUAACACUAAGAAAACUGCUGAUUAUGUAGCCAAGAGUUUGGAUAAGAACGGAUAUCGUGUGACCACUUUGCAUGGGGGGAAAUCACAAGACCAGAGAGAAAUUAGCCUUGAGGGUUUCAGGACCAGGAGAUACAAUGUCCUUGUUGCAACUGAUGUUGCAGGCCGUGGUAUUGAUAUACCUGAUGUGGCCCAUGUGAUUAAUUAUGAUAUGCCCUCGAGUAUUGAAACAUACACCCAUCGUAUUGGACGUACUGGACGUGCAGGGAAGACUGGUAUUGCCACAUCACUGUUAACAAUUCACGACACUGAUGUCUUUUAUGAUCUCAAGCAGAUGCUCAUUCAGAGUAACAGUCAUGUUCCUCCUGAACUGGCAAAACAUGAAGCCUCGAAGUUCAAGCCUGGUUCAAUUCCUGAUAGGCCACCUAGACGUAAUGACACUAUCUUUACGCAUUGAGAAAUUUGGAGCUCAACAGACUCCUUUAAAGAAUGCCCAACAUACUGUUUCUCAUGACGGUGGUUUAGUGGCCCGGAUAUCUUUGCUUCAGCUGGAACUAAGGAAUGUCUGGGUCACCUCCAUCAUAGUGGUUCCUGGUAACAGAAGCCUGCUUAUCCACCUUGCCAGGCAGCAGUGUAGCAUCAGUUAGGCAUCUCUGAAAGAUUGCUGAGGACAACUGAUAAUGCAAUGCCGUUUACUCUAUGUCCCUAUGUGGUCAACUGAGGAAGGGAGCCAAACUGAUUUUCAGUGGCAGCUCUAUGGUGUUUCAGCCCUAAUUGUAGAUCUCAGUUUUAGUCUGCUUAUGACAUCAACUUUAAAGUUGAGGCUUAUGCCACUGGAAAACGAGAUUUAUUAUGGUACAUUGGAAUUGGGGAUGCUGUUACAUUUUUUAAUAAGGUUUGAAUGUUCUAUGAGGUCAAGCUUAUGAAUAAUAUGAAUCCAUUAAGAAUAUGAACUUGCUACAGCUAAUAUCAUGGUGCAGUUGAGCUGGAUUUGUCCUAAAGGGUGGUCUAACAUAAAUAUUGAUUGUAGUCUUAGAAGAGAUCAAGUGACGCAGGAAUUAUGAGUUCUGAUGCAGGGUUUUUCUGCCAACCUCGGUUGUGGGUAGAUAACAGAUGCUGAAAUAUGGGUUCUCUUUUGGGGGUUGCCAUGAUUUUGGAAUUCUGUUGGCAGACGUUCUCAAGGUUGAGUUGGAUUUAGGGUUUAGGUUAAUCAUGUACCCUUACAAUGAUUGUACCCCUUCUGUUUGGUUUAGUUAUUUGUUGACAAAAACUGAUGAGCAGAAUUGAACUGUUUUUCUGAAGCAUGUGUGCAGAGAGAAAGGUUCAACGGCUAACAGGGGAGAUGAAUGCUAUUUUGUGAAUUGUGACCUCGUUGUGGCAAUGAAACUGAUAUCGUGGGUAUUUCUUACUAAG